UGCAAAAUACCUUAUACAUAACACGCAAACAUAUACAGAUAUAAGUAUAAUUAAGAGAAAUUUAAAUAAAUAAACGUCAUUUGAAUUGAAAAUAAGCGAACAUUGAUCAUUGAACUCUAGUUGAAUUCUGCUACUUUUAUAAGAUAUUUAUAACGUAACAAAUCGAGAUAGGAAUAUAAUUUUAUUUUACACAAAUAUUUCAAAUUCAAAAUGGGGGAAAAUUUAGAAUUUGUAGAUUUAUUAAAUGUAAGACGAAAAGAUUGUGAUAUUUUGUGGGUUUCUCGUUCAAUGGAUCCGUUAUUACCACAUAAACUUCCACCAGAAUCUAUAUAUUCUAGAAAUAAAAUGAUUCAUGCAGUUUUAAAUAAUGAAAAAGUUAAAUUAACAAUUAUUUCUUUGGCUACCGUACUUCAAACAGAUAUUAAAAAAGUUAUCAAAGAAGCUUAUGAAAUAAUAAAUGAAAUGGCUAGUAAAGCACAUUUAACUACUGUUCGUUGGACGGGUUUAAUUAUUUCAAAAGUUCUUAAACGAAUUUUUGUGAGUAUUUAUAUCAAUGAAAAUGCAAUAUACAAAAUGAAAAAGGAAAUGCAAAUUUCUCAAGUACAAUAUGUUUAUGCACCUUCUCACAGAAGUUAUUUAGAUUUUAUAUUAUUAUCAUAUAUUUUAUUCUCUUAUGAUAUGGCACUUCCAAAUAUUGCAAGUGGAAUGGAUUUUUAUCAUAUGUAUAUAAUAGGAGAAUUAUUAAGAAAAACAGGAGCUUUUUAUAUGCGACGCAGUUUUUCCAAUGAUUUAUUAUACAAAAGAAUAUUUAGCACAUAUGUAGCAUCUUUAGUAGAACAUAGUGACAGAGCAAUUGAAUUUUUCAUUGAAGGUACUCGAAGUAGAAGUCUGAAGAGUAUAAUACCAAAGUUUGGUCUUUUAUCAAUUAUUUUGGAAAAUUUAUUAGAAGGUGGUGUACCUGAUAUAUAUUUUAUACCUAUUAGUAUUAACUAUGAACGACCACCAGAAGAAUUGUUGUUUACAUAUGAACUUUUGGGAGUACCAAAACCAAAAGAAUCUACUGCUGGUUUACUUCAAUCUUUGUCUAUUUUACAGAAAUCACAUGCUUAUGGACGUGUUGUUUUUAAUGUUGGUGAACCUAUUUCUGCAUGCCAAUUUUUAAGUAUGGAACAACGCAAAAUAAAAGUGUUAUCACCUCAUAUUAAAUUACCAACAUUUGUUACUGAAAAUUUGGCAUAUUGCAUAAUAGAUUCACAUAAAAAAAAUACAAUACUUAUGCCUUUUAAUUUAAUUGCUUUAUUAUUUAAUGAAAAAAGUCAAACAAAUCCAGAUAAUCCAUAUACAUUAAAUGGCUUAGUCAAUGACUAUUUAUGGUGUAAAAAUAUUUUAAAAGUAUUUAAUGCUACAGUACAUAUAGAAAGGUGA